AUGCCAUCUACCAGAAUUCUGUUGGUAGCGGCUGCGGCCCUUGCACUUUCUGGCUUCGCUAAUGCCCAGACAAAUAUCACCGAAAAAGCCUGCGCUUCCUCUUCCUCCUACUCAAGCUGCAACAGAGAUGUCGCGAACAAGUGGAGUUCCUGCGUAAAGAACUGCAACGGCGACGGCAACUGCAUCGUAGAUUGCGGCUGCGAUUCCCACCAGAAGUACAUCAACUGCAUGGCCGAAUCAUGCUGGAACCAGGUCUACUCCUGCAAAUACCAACUCUUCAUCCAACAAUACUUCGCCGUCUGUCCCAAAGCCCACGAGCCAAUCCCCUUCUGGCCAGCACCGAACAACGCCCCGAACCGCUGUUCCUGCGACAUUGGCAAAGUCCUGAACAAGACCCUCUCCGCGCGCAACGACCAAGUCACCUGCAUGAAGAACGUCACCGACAACAUCCGCUCCGACAUCACCGACUUGUCAAGCCCAAACAACGGCCUCGACAUCGCAGGCCGCGCAUCCGACUGCGCCUGCUGUGGCGCCAGCGCCAGCAUCUCCGCCCUCCCCAACCUCUACACAUCCCUACCUAACUGGGCGUGGACUUCCUCGUCCUGCGACUCACUCGAUGCGGGCAAGUGCAAGGAUAUUGGCUUCUCCGACGCAGACAAGUUCUACAAGCCCGGUGAUUAUCCCAAGAACGGAACGUCGACGCUGAGUGAUGUUGAUGGUACGGUGACUGCGCCGCCUAGCGGGACCGUUCUCACUUGGUCGCAGGCUUCCAGUACGUACACUGUUACUGCGACUGGGUAUGACCAGAAAGCGGUUGCGAGCCAGAGUGAGUACCGUGCUACGGCGACUGGGGAUGCGCCUUUUGCGACGCAAACUGCGAAUAAUGUGGCUGGUGGUCGUGCGAGGAACGGGGGGUUGGGGGCAGUUGUCGGGGCUGUUUUUGCUGUUGUUAUGCUUUGA